CUGACAAAUGUGUCCCAGUUCUCUCUCUCUCUUUCAUUUCAUAUCAGAAGUAGGCCAGCACAUGGAAACCACACCACAAAUUCGCCCUUUUUAAGUGUUUCAUUCUUUUUGGCUUUAAGACCAGCUCUUCCCUUGUAAAUUAGGUGAUUUUCAUCUCUUUGAAGACUCCGUAGCUUUUCCUUUUGCCCUUUUCUCUCUCUCUUUUAUCCAUGGAUACCGCUCAGUGGCCGCAGGGAAUUGGGGUAGUUAAGCCCGUUGAAGCUUCAAGAGGAAGGACUAGGCCUCAAAAUGAUCAAGCUUUGAACUGUCCAAGGUGCAAUUCAACAAAUACCAAGUUUUGCUAUUACAAUAACUACAGUCUUUCUCAGCCAAGAUACUUCUGCAAGACAUGUCGGAGGUACUGGACAGAAGGUGGUUCCCUCCGGAAUGUUCCCGUCGGAGGUGGCUCAAGGAAGAACAAGAGAGCUUCAUCAUCACCAGCUCCUCAAAACCCUAAGAUCAAUGGAGGUCAAGACCUUAACCUAGCUUACCCACCACCCACUGAAGACUAUAAUAAUACCUUACCCAAGGUCAUUGAGGUGCCCUAUAGCUCAUCUUCUUCAACUCCAACAGUACAUCUCAAUGCUUUGGAGCUGCUCAAGACUGGUAUUAACUCAAGGAGUUUGAGUUCUUUCGGGUUCCCAGUGCAAGAAGAACUCAAACCGACUCUCAAUUUUUCUCUCGAUGGAUUCGGAAGUACUAGCUAUGGAAAUCUUCAAGGGAUCGAAGAGAGUGGUGCAAGGCUUUUGUUUCCUACUAACGAAUUAGAGCAGAAUAGAGGGCAAGGAGAAUCUUCUGUCAAUUGGAGUGAAAUGUUGGGUGGAGGACAUUGGUGAAAAUGAACAGCAAAAAAUAACAAUAUGGUUAAAAAGGACGAAGAUGGAGCUGAUGCUUUUACAUGGUCGGUACUAGUUGAUGUUUGAUUACUAAUUAACAGCUGGGAUUUUAGGAGGGGAAUGGGGCAUUACUCUUUCUUUCUACUUUAGCUUUCUACCACCUUUCAAUUCCCUUUCUUUUACCUGUAAUGCUGUUGUACCUUUCUCUUUGAUCAGUGUGGAUGUUUGAAGCUUCCUUUUAGGUUUGCUUCAAUAGAUUCAUUUUAAGUGAUCUGAGUAGGAUACACCGAAUUGGGGAUAGUAAGCUGAAAAUUUCAAUUAUAAUAUAUUUAGAGAUUUUCUUUUUA